UCCUCGCAUCUUGACUUUUGUGCUGAGACCUGAGAGCAACCCAAUCAUCGUCCGUUCAUCUUCCCAGUCGCAUGCGAAUCUCGCAUAGGAUGAGGUAGCCAUUGUUAGGUGCAGAAAUAGUCAAAGACUAAACAGAAUAGAGACUCUACGCUUCACAUCAGUUUUCGCUCAGCGAGGUAUUGAAUGGAGAGGGAGCAAUUGAGAGGUGUGGUCAUCAUCUCUCUCCCGCCUCCCGGUGAUCCAAGCAAGGGGAAAACCCUAACCGCUUUCACCAUCUCCAACAACCACGACCAUCUCCAGCAGGAGCCAGCGGCGGCGGCGGCGGUGACUACGGUACCGUCCUACCCGGAGUCGCAGUCGCCGGCGGCAGUCCGGUUAUCUCUCCUUCGUCUUAGGGCCAAAAGGGCCGUUGCUGCCGUGCUCGGUCUCUCCCUGCUCCUCUUCUCUAUUUGGGCUUGCCUUUUUAUUGAAGCCCCUGUACAGCUUCUCCGAGGGCAGGAGGAGGACGGACGCUCCCGCUACUCCUCCAUCUUACUUCCUCUCUAUUCCAAGCCUGGAGCUCAAGAAGUUGCUGUCGGGGGAGGGCCUUCUCGUCCACUGGUUACUGGCGUGAAGCUUGCUAAGGUUUCUGUUACGAAUUCAUCAGCUGUGAUUCCCAUCCGAGGCAAUCUACUUCCCGAUGGACAGUACUAUACAUCUGUGUUUGUUGGGAAUCCUCCAAAACCCUACUUUCUUGAUGUCGAUACUGGCAGUGACUUAACAUGGAUCCAAUGUGAUGCUCCUUGUGUUAGCUGCACUAAGGGACCUCAUCCAUGGUACAAACCAUCAAAAGGUAAAAUAGUUCAACCAGAGGAUCAUUUAUGCCAAGAAAUCCAACAUAAUCAGAACCAGUGGUCAUGCGACUCAUGUCAUCAAUGUGAUUAUGAGGUAGCAUAUGCUGAUCAUAGCUCCUCCAUGGGCGUUCUAGCAAGGGAUGAAAUGCAGCUAAUGAUGUCAAAUGGUGACAAAUCAAAAGUGAAUUUUGUUUUUGGGUGUGCAUAUGAUCAGCGAGGCCAGUUUUUAAAUACUCCUGCAAAAACAGAUGGGAUCCUUGGUCUUAGUAGUGCUAAAGUUAGUCUCAAUUCUCAAUUGGCAAAUCAAGGAAUCAUCAAUAAUGUUGUUGGACAUUGUAUUAGUGGCGGAGCAAAUGAUGGUGGAUACAUGUUCUUUGGAGAUGACUUUGUACCUCGGUGGGGUAUGACUUGGGUUCCCACACAAAAUGGCCUCACGAACUUCUAUAGUACCCAGGUUCAGAAAAUUGGCUACGGAAGCAAACAAAUCAGUAUAGGACAAAAGGGUGGAAAUGCAUAUCUUACUGUGUUUGAUUCUGGCAGCACUUACUCAUUCUUUCCGAAUGAAAUAUAUUCCAGUCUUAUUAACUCCUUUGAUUAUCACUCCCAUGGUCUCAUAUCAGAUAACUCAGACCCAUUAUUGCCUGUAUGUUGGCAAGAUAGCUCUCUAAGGUCCAUUGGAGAUGUGAAGCAGUUUUUUGAGCCCUUAAUCCUGCAUUUUGUGAAAAGAUGGAGAAUUCUGCCCACAACUUUUACUAUUCUACCGGAUGAUUAUUUAGUAAUCAAUAGUAAGGGAAAUAUCUGCUUGGGGAUACUUAAUGGCAGUGAAGUGCAUGAUGGAGCAACAAUUAUAUUAGGAGAUAUCUCAUUGCGCGGGAGAUUGGUUGUAUAUGAUAAUGUGCAGCAGAAGAUUGGAUGGGCUCGAUCAGAUUGUUUUAAGCCUCAGAAACCCAGAGACUUCCCUUUCUUUUUCUAAUUUUCCUUCAGCAAAAAGUUCAAAAGCAUCAACACAGGUAAUAUUUCAUCACAUAAUUGAUGCGAGGUACACUAACUUGAUAAGCAAUGGAUCAUUCUUGAUUAGCUCUGUGAUAAACUGCAGCCAUAUUUCUCUGCUAUUUCAUCCUCACCUCACAUAUCUAACCGCUGUUUUAAUAUUCACCCUGCAAUUUAAGUGAUAUCCCUCACUAAGUAUAUGAUUCCUUUACUGUAUGAAUGAGUGGGUUAAGGUUGUGUUUGGGACGGCUUUUUUAUUGCUUCUUAAAGCAGUUUUUUUUAAUUUUUUAAUUAGAAAGCCGCUUUAAGAAGCAAUAAGAAAGCUGUCCCAAACAAAGCCUAAAUAAAAUGAAUUAUAUGUUUCAGCUUCACUCACUAUCCCUUCUUCUACUCCAUAUUUCUUGUGUGUAAAUUUAACAUUGCUGGUUAUGAACUUCUUCAAUAAUAGCAAUAGUAUUCUUAUAGUGAAUA